AUGGACGUCAUCGCGCCGGACCGCACCAAGAUCGCGCCGGAGAUCGACAGGGACGAGGCCCUGGAGGGCGACAGGGAGUCGGACCCCGCGCUGGCGUCGACGCGCGAGUGGCAGUUCGAGGCCAUGCCGCGGUGGCAGGACGAGCUGACGGUGCGGGGCAUGGUGGCGGCGCUGCUCAUCGGGUUCAUCUACACCGUCAUCGUCAUGAAGAUCGCGCUCACCACCGGGCUGGUGCCCACGCUGAACGUCUCCGCCGCGCUGCUCUCCUUCCUGGCGCUCCGCGGGUGGACGCGCCUGCUGGACCGCUUCGGCAUCGUGUCCCGCCCCUUCACGCGGCAGGAGAACACUAUCGUCCAGACCUGCGGCGUGGCCUGCUACACCAUCGCCUUCGCCGGUGGGUUCGGGUCAACCUUGCUGGGCCUGAACAAGAAGACGUACGAGCUGGCCGGAGACUCGCCGGGCAACGUGCCGGGAAGCUGGAAGGAGCCAGGGAUAGGCUGGAUGACGGGAUUCCUCCUCGCUUGCAGCUUCGGGGGCCUCCUCACCUUGAUUCCCCUCAGACAGGUAUUGGUCGUUGACUACAAAUUAGUUUACCCAAGUGGGACAGCAACUGCUAUUCUUAUAAAUGGGUUUCAUACCGAUGUAGGGGACAAGAAUUCAAGGAAGCAAAUCCGUGGAUUCCUGAAAUACUUUGGGGGUAGCUUUCUAUGGAGUUUCUUCCAAUGGUUCUACACCGGAGGCGAUGCUUGUGGAUUUGUUCAGUUCCCUACUUUCGGUUUGAAGGCUUGGAAGCAGACAUUCUACUUUGACUUCAGCAUGACAUACGUUGGUGCCGGGAUGAUUUGCCCACAUAUAGUAAAUAUCUCUACCCUCCUUGGUGCAAUUAUCUCAUGGGGAAUAAUGUGGCCACUCAUUAGUAAACACAAGGGGGAUUGGUACCCUGCAAAAGCACCAGAAAGCAGCAUGAAAAGUUUGUACGGUUACAAGGCCUUCAUAUGCAUAGCUCUCAUCAUGGGGGAUGGCAUGUACCACUUCAUAAAAAUUGUUGGCAUCACUGCUAUGAGCAUGUAUCGACAAUUUAGUCGCAAGCAGGUUGACAACAAAGCAAAAAAUGUGGACGAUACAGUCUCACUUGAGGAGUUUCAACGCCAGGAGAUCUUUAAGAGAGGCCAGAUCCCCUCUUGGAUGGCAUACACCGGUUAUGCAUUGUUUAGCAUUCUUGCAGUGGUUACCAUACCAAUAAUGUUCAAACAAGUGAAGUGGUAUUAUGUUGUUAUAGCCUAUGUCGUUGCCCCCAUGCUUGGAUUCGCCAAUUCCUAUGGUACGGGGCUUACCGACAUCAACAUGGGCUAUAACUAUGGCAAGAUCGCUCUCUUUGUCUUUGCGGGAUGGGCCGGCAAGGAUAAUGGUGUCAUUGCAGGCCUUGUUGCUGGCACCCUAGUCAAGCAGCUGGUGCUUAUCUCCGCCGAUUUGAUGCAAGACUUCAAGACGGGUUAUCUCACUCAAACAUCACCAAAAUCGAUGAUGAUUGCACAAGUUAUUGGAACAGCCAUGGGUUGCAUUAUCGCCCCCCUCACGUUCAUGCUCUUCUACAAGGCAUUUGAUAUUGGUAACCCAUAUGGUACUUGGAAGGCACCUUAUGCACUCAUAUACCGCAAUAUGGCAAUACUUGGUGUGGAGGGCUUCUCAGUGUUACCGAAGUAUUGCCUUGCAAUAUCUGGCGGAUUUUUCGCAUUUGCGGCAGUUUUCAGUAUAGCAAGAGAUGUCAUGCCACACAAGUAUGCGAAGUAUGUGCCCCUACCAAUGGCAAUGGCAGUUCCAUUCCUUGUAGGUGGGAGCUUUGCUAUUGAUAUGUGCCUCGGGAGUUUGAUAGUUUUUGCAUGGACCAAGAUAAACAAGAAGGAGGCUGGCUUCAUGGUGCCCGCAGUUGCAUCCGCUUUGAUAUGUGGGGAUGGCAUAUGGACGUUUCCUGCUUCAAUACUUUCUCUUGCCAAGAUUAAACCACCAAUUUGCAUGAAGUUUCUACCUGCUGCCUAA